AGACGCCAAAGAGUAAACCAUCACUCUUACUAACUGGAUCAGAUGCAGGCAGUGAGUGCAGAUUCAAGGGUGCCAGAGCCCAAUCUGGAAAACCUUGACGUUCCUGCAAGCCUCAGGAAAAAGCCCUCAGAUAUUGGGUUUCUUGAGAAGCUUGCCCAAAAUAUGGCAGAGAACAUAAUCCAGUCAUCUAUAAGCCCCAGGGAAAUGGUGGAACCUGAGGUUUCCAGUUCUAAUCAAGAGAAGGAGACGUUAGCGGACAAGCUAGCGUCAGCAGUGAUUGAGAUUGCUCUGAGGGAAGUGUGCGGUGGUUAUAAUGUCGAGGAUUUCCAGAGUUCAAGAUCACCUGGGGUAAAGAUGGACGAAGAACAGGCUGAAAACGUGGCUUUCUUUGAUGAAUCUGGAAGAGAACAAGACUUUUUGACCAUGGACACAGAGGUCGAUCCGGAUAAAGAACUGCUGAACUCCAAAGACAUGCAGCCCUACCACCUGCCGCUGUCCCAGUCAGGGCUCCCUGUCGUGGGAUCCCUCGACUACCCCGACGCCCCUCCGACCACCCCUCUCCUCCCUGAGCUUGAGAGGAGCAGACACAGUUUCGCCCGGAAGCUGAAAGGAGGCUUGGCGAAGGUUUUCCUGCCCUCACCACCUCCGCCAACCCCAAAGGACAAAGAGGACGAUGUUGGCUCUGUCAACUCCCCCCGGGUGGAGUUAAUGGAGCAUCUGAUACACUCACUGUCCACACAUGAUUUGGCAAGAGACUACAUUGAAGUAGGGCCUCAGCAUGGAGCCAAGAUGGAGGCGUUUGCAGAGGCUCUUUCAUGUAACAUCAUAGACUGGGUCCUGAGUGCCAAAGGCAGAGAGCAGAUAGCAGACGAUAACGAUCUUGAUCUACUAGCCCGUCAUCUGGCUGAAACUAUCAUCACCUCCUCCCUUGAUGAAGCUAAAAUGACUUUCUAGAGUUUUAAUGUAAUUAAUAUGAUCAUAGUGUAUUUGUGAAGACUGGCAUGUACAUACACUCACAAGAGAACAGAAUUAUUGAUAUCGACCCACAUGUUACAUUCAGGCUGACUACCACACUGACUGGCAUUUAAAUUACAUUACUGCAACAAUCAUAUUGUUCCAUAAUCUGAAGGUGAUGUUUUUCACCAUAAAUUUCUCAAUAAAGUUCAGUUAGCGCUCAUCCAGAUUAAGGGGUUGAUUCGGAAAUAUUACCCAUUUACUGCUAAGGGAUGACCACAGAUCCAACAAAAAGAUGGUUGGCUAGCAGCUUAAAUAAACUGUGGCACUUUUUACGACAUGCAUAACCCGGAAACUGCCAUUAGAUGCUUGGUGAUAAACCAAAGGUAAUGGUUUUAUUCCAAGACUGAUAAAAAGUACAAUGGAAGGAAAACAGUCAUGGCUGAGAAUGCAAUUUUGACUGGGCUCCAACAGUAAUUACCAUACAUGUCCUUUAGAUGGCGGCACAAGAGCAAUGUUCCUGGGUAUUUUCAGCAUGACAAUCAGCAAGG